GUUAAACUGUGUACUUCAAUUUCAUCAUUGCCAAUAGCAUUCUGAUUUGAAAGAUAAAAAUAUUUAAACACAAGUACCAUGGUGUCAUAGGUUGUUGAGAUAUUUACCAAGUCAGAUAAUGUCGACCCCGGGGCGCGGGCGCGGCUACUCGGGCCGCCACCAUCUGCGGUCCCCUCGGCCCGGCGACGACGACGCGCGAGCCCUGGCAGAGCUGAGCCCUAGAGCCACAGCUCCCUUGUACACAGACAAGCCGGAGCCCAAACUGGAGAAAGAGAAAGAAGACGUUGAAGACAAGGAAAGAAAGAGGGAGAAGGAAGUGAAAUAUCAUGUCAGCGGAGAAGAUGAGGCGGCUUUGAAGGAGCUACUGCUUAUUGAGGAACAAUACACACCGCUGUUGUCUUUGCUGGAACAGUUCUCGCCGGGCGAGGAUGGUAUUGCAUUCAACAGAAAACUGAAGAACUUCGAGACUACGGUAUCCAGCAUAUGCCCUGAUGAAGCUCGCUUGCAGCAAGCUUUCGGCACAUUCCGCGCGGCGGCGCUGCUGUCGGCCGUCACGUCGCGCAAGCUGGCCGCCGUGGGCGCCUCCUUCACGAGGCAGUCGCGCCAACAGUUACUGCGCGGAGCCCUACUCAAUGUGGUCAUGCAAGGAACUUUCUCAAAACUGGACGUAUUGGAGAGAGCGAAUCCCCUAUUCCUCAUAAAUGCCGCUAACCUCAUGGGCGAUUAUUUCGCAGAAGCGCGUCUAUGCAACGGUAAUAAGGUACACAUCCUGGCGGGUCCACUGCUACAGUACAUGAAGGCUCUACUCGCGAGCGAUGAUAUUCGCGCACACCGCAGUCUUGCUACACAGUUAAUGCAGAAUGGCCGAGAACUCCUCUCAGUGUUAUCCCAAGAGUUGGACGAGCUCUCCAUCUCCAUCCGUCUGCGUCUGCUGUCCCCGCCGCCCACCAGCAUCAUCUGGCUGCUGCUCUCCGCAGACCUCUGCCUCAACAAGUUCCUCCCUCUGCCCAACACGCUGCAGCAGUUCUACGCUGCACACCUCGACCUCGCCUCCGAGGACAACUACAGCGAAGUCAGCUACGGCUCGUGGAAGAAAAGCCCCGAGAAAGAAGAGUACAACCAAGCCAAUGUCAGCUCUGACUUGAGCGAUAAAGUCUCCCAAAACAUCUCACAAAUAAGCCUUGACGGAGACGGAGAAAUGAAACCCAAACUCAGGCCUAUCCUAGGUGCUGGUGCCGGACUGUUGAGACAGGAACAAGCGUUAUCCGUCAGCCAAGACAACUUCGAUACGUGGACUAGCAAAAACAGUCUUAGCAAGAGAUACGACUUGAACUCUUGGCGGCAAGCCGAGGAGGAAAAGAAAGAGGAAGAACCUGUGUUCAAUCCUACCGUUCUGCCCCCGAAUCUACAACAGAACUACCCGGUUACUGUCCCGGAUUACCCACCACCUAAUGUCCCUAAUGUCCCGAAUGUGAACAGAUUCAACAACUAUAUGCAGGAGAAUUACCCCAACUACUUACAGCAAGGCGACGGGACGUACAUACAAAACUCAUACACAGGAAACACCAAUUUCAACUCUCAAGGAGACGGUUUCGUUCAGCAGUUCCCAAACGACCGACCGGCUCCCGAGAGAGUCAAUAAUGAAGUACAAAAAACUAGCGCCAGACGCCCUGUCGAAAAUUGGAGAAAAGAAAAACCAGAGGUUGAAGAUCCGAACAGGAACAGACAGAGAAACUGGACUAGACAGCGCUCUAAAGAUAACAUAAAUGAUGAAAACAUACCCGAGCCUGAAAAGGAAGAGAGAUACCGGUCAAACUCUAGAAACUCUCGAGAUAAAGUCCCCGGGAGAUUCCGUCGGAACAGCACGGAGAACCAAGACGGAGUUGUGAGCGGAACGGGCAAGACUCCACCGCGGAGGCAUGUCUCCGAUGUGCCCAGGAGUCAGAAAUAUUGGGACCACGACGAUAGAUGUGACAAGGACUAUAGCAGUUAGUGAUUGACUAAUAUAAAAUGAUAAUAGUAAAAUUUUAAGUGACUGAAAUUCAUGUGGUGUUGCCGUAGCCAAGAUUUCUGAUGUUUCCUGUGAAAGCAAUUGGUAUGUGACCCCAUUAGUUUAAUCAUAUUAAUUCCGUAAAUUAAUGAGUGUAAAAGGCAGGAGAGAAAGUUUCUUGGACACAAGGGGAUUUUGUACAUUAAAAUUAGAUGGCGUCGUCAUAUUACAAAUAACAAUUUAUUAUUUUCCCGUUCCCUGAAUAAAAAAUAAUGAUUUAUACAUUGUCACUGUUUUGAACCCAAAAUAUUAUGUUGUUUAUAUGCUAUUUUCAAUGGGUGUGAGACACUGGUCCCACCGCGAGCUAGUAAGCUAUGAGCUAUCGGCUAU